GCAGAGCACUAUGGGAAAGGGACGGAAAGCCCAGUGAGCCAUACUUCAUUUGCUAAGCAAGUUCCAGAUAUGGUGGUGGCGUAAAGCAGGGAAACGAGCCUGGGAAGGGACGCCAGGUGCCGGUGAGGCCGGACGGAAGCCCCUCGAGCCAAAACCAUGGCAGCGUGGAAAGCUCGGAAGCACCGGCCACUGGAGGCGGAAGGGGGGCUGGAGGAGGAGGCAGGUUAUGGCGCGCGGGGAACUGUGGGACACUGUGUGGGCAACGCGGGGCGCGACGGAAGCCUCGUUGGGUCAGACCGUGGCGACGCGGGAAGUCCGGACGCCGUAGCUGCCUGAAGAGGAGGUCCGAGGCCCGGGCCCCGGCCGCGGCAAUGGCGGAGAGGCCCGAGGACCUAAACCUGCCCAAUGCCGUCAUCACCAGGAUCAUCAAGGAGGCGCUCCCGGACGGUGUCAGCAUCUCCAAGGAGGCCCGGAGCGCCAUCUCCCGCGCCGCCAGCGUCUUCGUGCUGUACGCCACAUCCUGUGCCAACAACUUCGCGAUGAAAGGGAAACGCAAGACACUGAAUGCCAGCGAUGUGCUCUCCGCCAUGGAGGAGAUGGAGUUUCAGCGGUUCGUGACCCCGUUAAAAGAAGCUCUGGAAGCUUACAGGAGGGAGCAAAAAGGCAAGAAGGAAGCUUCAGAGCAAAAGAAGAAGGACAAAGACAAAAAAACAGAUUCGGAAGAGCAAGACAAGGGCAGGGAUGAGGACAACGAUGAAGAUGAGGAAAGGCUGGAGGAAGAAGAACAGAAUGAAGAGGAGGAAGUGGACAACUGAAGAGGAUGGAGAGACGCAGCUCGGAAGGUACCACUCUGAAACGCCGUACACGUUUGUGUGAAGCUUUUUCGUGCUGGACAGAGUAGUCUUAGGCAGAAGAUCGAAAUAAAAACUGAAUUAUCAUGAAAACCAGCGCUUCCCAGACUCGGAGCAUCUGAGUAGCGGAAUCCUGUUUUGCUUAAUCAGUCUCAAGGUUAUGACUUUUUGGCAAGAGAGAUUCUGAAGAGCUAAUUUAAUUGGUCAAUUUGAUCUCUCUUGUUUACUUACACGUAUAGUUAGGCAGUUGUUGAUCCCCAGUUCCCUCCCCACCCCCCAAAAAAAGUAAUAAUAACUUCCAUGCUGCCGACUGUGUUCCAGAUCAUAGAGGCAGUCAAGGCUCAGGAAAAAUUGGGGUUUGAUCAUGGUCAGCCUAUUUGAUUGUACAGUAUUUGGUAGUACUAGCUUAUUUCAGGUGAUCAGAAUGGCUUAGCUUUAGGAAAUUACUAUAAGGGUUCGAGAGAACAAUGAAAUCUGUUCUAUUGUCUCCUCACUUGACAGUAACAUUAAUUGAAGUUUGGUUUCUACAGAGCCACUUGGCUUGGACCCCUUCUGUAUUGCCUAUAGGCAUGUUACCUGCUUGGGUGGCUAUGUUCUUGGCACAUAACGCUUUUAAAUCAACAGAGUAGAAUUAGUCAAGCAAGGAUGCCAGUGUCUUACUCUUGUAAAACAGAUGGUUUAGUCUUAGAUUCCCUAGUUCUAAUCUCAUGUCUUUUAAAAAUGAUUUUGUAAACCUUUCUGAACCAUAAGGGAAAUCUGAUGGUGCUCAGGAAUCUAAUUCCUCCCCUAACCCAUCCCCUUUAACUGCUUCUGAAGUAUCUCUGUUGACCCUUCCUAGUUUUCUUCUCUUUCCAUUUGGUGCUUCGAGCACUUCUUUGUUCGUCUCUAAAUUGAGUGCUUGGAGGUUGAAAGGUAGUGAAAUGUAGUGUGACACUGUUAAUUUGUUAAAUGAAUACAGUGGAAAGUUUGUUGAUAAGUGAAUGAAGAAUAUUGAGAAAAUUAUAAUGCUUUGUAUAAAUAAAAAUUCCUGUUAAAA